AUGUACAGGCAAAUUCUAUCUUUCCGCCACCUGCCAUCAUCGGAUGGAUUGAAAUACAUUGGACGUAAUGAAGGUGGAGGAUCGUGCGAAGUGGAGAAGGCGGAGAUGCUCACAUCGGACGGAUGGACGGCCGCCAGCAAGUCUUCCUCUAUUUUCCGCCUCUUCCCAGACGGCAAGCGCACUUUCCUCCAGUGGCUCGGGAAGGACUCAGAUCGACGUGACUUGGAAGGCCAACUGAUCGUGAUCAGAAUGACCUGCGGGGACCUCGAUGGACAUCCUCCAUGCCUGGCCUUCCGUGCAGCUGGGACAUCAGUGACCUGGAGUAAGGAGGAAGAGAAAAAAGCCGAAGAAGUGGAAGAAGAGGACUGGGAGGCCAGGAAGAUAGACGAUUACGUAGUGAUCGGGAUGUGCGCCGGAAUCUUGGCCCUCAUAUACGUGUUGGCCGUGAUCGUGUUCGUGACGGUGAGGAAGGGACGAUGGAGACAGACACGUCGCCGGAACAAAAGUGUCGCGAACGGAACGGGGAGGCAAGUCUUCCGUUUGGAAUGCGAGUAUCCCGCCCCCCCCGUCAUCCCCAGGCCUUUUCUCAUGCAGUAUUCCGCUUUCGUUUUUCUUUAA